AUGGCCGAAAUCAGGAGUCUUUCAGUUUGCAUAGAGGCGGCGUUGCAGAGGGACCCUACCUUUUUGGAGCACAAGGUGGAAAAGUCAGUGAAGACCAGCACUCAUACAUCGCAGGCAUCUGAGGUUCUCGCCGAAAAUGUCGAAAUGGAACACCUCGAUAUCCUGGAGCGUCUGCGAAGACGCUAUACCCAUACCAUAGGAUCGCUUGUAUUGGAUUUUGUCCCGGUGACAGCGCAGGGUCAAUUGUACUUUAAUUCAGCCACAUUGAUUUUCCAGGAUACUGAGGGUCUCAAUAUCAACGAGGUCAAUGAAAGUCACAUCAACAGCGCCCACCAAGCAAGGCUCCAGAUUGUGUUGCGGACGACUCGCUCGAUCGUAUACGAAUUGGCUGCUAGGAAUAAGGAAGAGGGAGCGGAGAUCAACCUGGAGGAGGUUAAAAGAAUGCUAAAAAAACUGGAAAUCAGGAUGAAAGGAAGGCUAACAAACGGUAUUUUCUCAGUAUUUCCAGACGAAGGCCUGACGCUCCGGUCGGACGAGGCUUCAAUUGAGGAGCUAUGCCUAAUGACUCUGGAGGACAAGACUAGUAAAGGGCUGGGGCAGGUCAUCGACUUUGAUGGGGUACAAGAGGGCGAUGUGCCCAAUUCGACCACCCUGCACGCCAUGAAGCAGGUUUAUACGCAGGUCGCCCUCUCAAAUGGCAGCCUCGGCCUGAUGACAGGGUUACGAAACGGCACCUGGGUCUACGGACACAACGAAGAGCCAAGGAGUGGAAAUCACAAAAGGAUCCUAUAUGCGACGAAGAACCUGACUAUGGAAGGACUUGGUGAUGCCGAGCGGCUGAAAGUCCUUCUUGAGGCGGAGAUAUUGUGUUUCUUGUAUGCUGUUCAUGGCACUGAGUUUGGAAGGACAAUCUUCUCAGAACCUUGCUUGGGCAUUUUGCGUUCCAAGGUCUCGGGAGACAUGUCCCUUUCCCUGGUGUUCCAGUGUCGAGAAUGCCAUGUUGUUCAUGUGGAUGUUGCUCUCUGUCCUUUGCCUUCGAAUCGCCGGUCCAUCCUUGCUUCGCACGGGCUGGAUCAAUCUCCACCUUUGGGCAUCGGAUCAUUUGGUGUCAGCUGGCGGCUCCCCCUUUUGCUUAAGACAGGCCAAGAACUUGGUCAAGGUGCACAUGGCGCGGUCAAAACCAUCCGUGGUAUGAAUCUUGUUGUCAAAAUCGGGAGCGCAGAUGUUAUCAGACAUGAAGCUUCUUUCUAUCUACGAGCCCGCCCCCAUCGCAACCUGCCCAUGGUUGCUGACUUCGGCGCAUUCGACAUCGAUGGUUCAAACAGGUGCGCCCUUGUACUGGAGCUUGCUAGGCCUGUGGAUGACGCUUCCGUGGACCCAUACGAAAUUUCCAAGGCCGUAGAUGACCUCAACACUCGACUUCGUAUUCACCAUCACGAUAUAUCCCUUGCAAAUAUGGUGAGAGGUAUCGCCGAUGGGAAGCUCAAGAUUAUCGAUUUUGCGGAGGCUGUGGAUGCAGAGGACUGCGAUAAAAACUGUGACCGCGAUUAUAUCAAAGUAGGGGCCUAA